AAAUAACCUCAUAAAUAUUGUUCGAAAACCAUAAAAAUAUUUUUUUUUAAUAUAUAUAUAGAUAAUAUGUGUUGAUUUUCCAUUAGGACAAAAUGCCAAAAUAUGAAAGAAAAGAAAUAACAUCUAGGGAUAGAAGAUAUUCAAGAGAUAGGUCUCUGUCAGAAGAGCGUUCUUCUAAAAAGUCAAGAGAACGCAGCAAAACUAGAUCACGUAAAUCAGACCAUAAAUCAAAGAAGAAAAGCAAAAGUCGAGACAGAUCUAAAAGUAGAUCUAGGAAGAAGAAGCACCGCCAAGGUAGAUUUCUUUUUUCAAUAUUUUAUAAUUAUUUUCAUAAAACAUUCUUGAUUAAUGGAUUUUAUAGGAGUAGUUCAUCAUCAAGUUCUGUCUCAUCUGAUGGUUCAUUAAAACUAUUACAACGACUUCAAAAUGAACGCAUACAACAAGCUCUUGAGAAGAAACGAGAGAAAGAGGCUAUGAAAGCCAAUGAGACUCCUGAAGAAAAACGUGCAAGGCGCCUAAGAGAAAAGUUAGAAAAAGAACGUAAACGAAAAGAAAGAAUGGGAUGGGAUAAUGAAUAUCAACAUUACACAAAUACUGAUAAUCCUUUUGGAGAUGGUAAUUUAACAAGUACAUUUGUAUGGAGUAAAAAAUUAGAUAAAGAAGGAUUAAAAAACAUCAGCCAUGAAGAAAUAGAAGUUAGAAACAGACACAAGCAACUUGAAAAUAAAAUGGAAUUGGAAAAGGUUAAAAAAAGAAGACUAGAAAGAGAAUUAGAAAAACAACAACGUGAAGAAGAACAGUCAAUGAUGCAACGCAGCAAAGAAGCAGCACAAUUUGAGGAAUGGGAACGACAAGAAGAUCGUUUUCAUCUUGAGCAAGCAAGACUACGCUCCUGUAUACGUAUACAGGAUGGACGAGCAAAACCAAUUGAUCUACUUGCAAAAUAUAUUAACUCUCAAGAUGAAGUUGAUGCAGUGGAAAUGCAUGAACCGUAUACAUAUCUCAAUGGAUUAGAUGCUACAGAUUUAGAAGAUUUGAUAGAGGAUAUAAAGGUUUAUAAAGAAUUAGAAAAAGGAAACAAUAUAGAUUACUGGAAUGAUUUGACCGUUAUUGUUGAAGAUGAAUUGCAUAAACUUAGAAAAAUUGCUGGGCAAGCAGAAUCUGCAGCUGUUGUUCGCAGAGAAGGUAUUCAUCAAGCAGUUGUAAAGGAUGUUACAGAAGUGUUCAAAGGUAAAACAACAAACCAGUUAGACCAAUUGCAGAAACAAAUUGAGAAUAAAAUUUCUGGUACAACUACUGAUGGAAUAGAUAUAGGAUAUUGGGAAUCAUUGUUAUCCCAAUUGAAGGCUCAUAUGGCAAGAGCCAGACUUCGAGAUAAGCAUCAAGAGAUAUUAAAAAGAAAAUUACAAUUACUGCAAGCUGAACAACAAGUUUCUACAAAUUCUGAAUCCGUUGAACAUGUGGCAGAAUCAAGAGUUCCGGUUGAAUCAAAUACAGGGCAAGCUGCAAAUAAGCCAAAAGAUAAUGAUCGCAAAGAAAAUACUGAAAACAGUGAAGAAGAAGUGGAUUAUGAUAGUGAUGAGUCACAAUCUCCGGCAAGAGAUUUACUAACUGCGUCAUUUGCUCUUUAUGAACAAGGGUGCUACAGUCCUGUUUAUUUAACACCUGCCCAAUUAGAACCAGGAACUGUUAUCGUUGAAGAGGAAGUGGACACUAAACGAUUAGAGUUCAAAAGAGACACAAUACUUAAUGGAAGCAGUAAUAAAGAACAGAGCUUGUCCAAGCUUGAAUUAAGCCUUCGAACUGAAGCGCGUCGUGGGAUGGGUGGCGAUGAAGCAGAAUUUUCUGUUGAAGCAGGAAUAGGUGAAUUCGAUAUUCCUGUUUAUUUAUGGUCUGAUAAAUACAGACCGCGAAAACCAAGGUAUUUCAACAGAGUGCACACUGGUUUUGAGUGGAAUAAGUACAAUCAAACCCAUUAUGAUAUGGACAAUCCUCCACCCAAAAUUGUACAGGGAUACAAAUUCAAUAUAUUUUAUCCUGAUUUAAUAAAUAAAUCGGACACACCAGAAUAUUUUUUGACACCUUGUCCUGACAACAAAGAUUUUGCAAUUCUACGUUUCAAAGCUGGCCCUCCAUAUGAAGAUAUUGCUUUUAAAAUUGUAGCAAGAGAAUGGGAAUAUUCAUAUAAGAGAGGUUUUAGGUGUCAGUUCCACAAUAAUGUGUUCCAGUUAUGGUUUCAUUUCAAACGUUAUCGUUACAGAAGAUAG